AUGGUAGUAUGCUGGAAGCCUCAAAGACAAAGGAUCCGUUUCCGAAAGUUGCAAAUCUUUGACAUAUCAAGAAAUGCAUUUGUUGGCUCUUUACCUGAUAGGUAUUUCAAGAAUUUUGGAGGCAUGGUAGACGCCAUUGAAAAUAUGACACAUGAUGAGAAGAAUGUGUUUCAACAAUUUAUAGACAUUAACCUCACUUUGAAAGGAUUGGAUCAAACGCUGCAAAGGUUGUUGAAAACGUUUAUAAUGAUCGACUUAUCUUCUAAUAGAUUUUCGGGGAAGAUCCCAGUUUCUGUAGGUAGACUUAAUUCUUUGAAAUACUUGAAUUUGUCCCGCAAUACUGUCACGGGACAUAUUCCUGUAUCUCUUGGAAAUAUAAGUAAUCUCGAAUCGUUGGAUUUGUCAUGGAACAGGUUGGAUGGAAAAAUUCCAAGUGAAUUGGUUAGGUUGACAUUUCUUUCGAAAUUGAACCUUUCAAUGAAUAACCUUGUGGGGUGGAUACCACUAUUUAAGCAGUUUUCUACGUUUCCAAAUGAUUCAUAUAUAGGAAACUCAGGAUUGUGUGGAGAUCCGUUGACGAAAAAGUGCGAAAGAAUUGAUGGAAAACCAAUGAUUCCUCAAGAAGAUGAUGAUGAUGUGUCUGGAUUUAUAGAUGGAUUUGGUUGGAGAAGUGUGGUGAUGGGGUAUGGAUGUGGAUUUGUAGUUGGAAUGGGAAUUGGUUACAUUAUUAUUAGAAGUGGAAGGCCAAGGUGA